AUGCCCGAGGAGAUCACGUCGCACGACGUGGAUUUCACCAAGUACUGCGUGUUGCAGAGCAAUGACCACCCCCCGGUAGAGUUCAAGGUCCUCCGCGAGGCGGCGAUGAUGUCGGGGCUCGUGAAGGACAUGCUCGAGGACCAGGGCGACGUGGAGCCGAUCAUCCCGAUCCCAAACGUGUCGGGUCGUACGCUGCGCCUCGUCAUCGAGUACAUGGAGCACCACUACCAGAACCGCGCCGACCCCAUCGACAAGCCACUCAAGACGGAUAUAAAGGGCCUCAUCUCGACCUGGGACUGCGAUUUCCUCUACACCCACCUCGUCAAGGACCGCGACGAGAAGCAGCACGAGGUUCUCAUCGACGUCAUCAUGGCCGCGAACUUCCUCAACGUGAAGGAUUUGCUUGACCUCACGUGCGCGUGCGUCGCCAGCAUGAUCCGCGGCAAGUCGGCGGAGCAGAUACGCGCGCUCUUCAACAUUGAGAGUGACUUCACGCAGGAGGAGGAGGAGAAGAUACGCGAGGAGAACAGGUGGUGUGAGGAAGCGUAG